AUGGGCUACUUCUCGGUGGAGCCGCUCAGCCUCCCAGGCCUGGCGGUGGCGGUGGCGGUAGCUCUGUUACUCUUUGCCCUGUGCCUGCGCUCCAGGCGCAUCAGGAGACCUGGUGAGCCUCCAUUGAUAAAAGGCUGGCUUCCUUAUUUUGGAGUGGCCCUCAACUUACAAAAAGAUCCCUUAGGGUACAUGAAAUUUCUCCAAAAGCAACAUGGUGACAUAUUCACUGUUCUCCUUGGAGGGAACUACAUAACAUUUAUUUUGGACCCUUUCCAGUACCCAUUGGUAAUGAAAAAUCACAAACAAUUAAGCUUUGAUAUAUUUUCUAGAAAACUUUCAGAGAAAGCAUUCUCCAUCAAGACGUCCAUGAGAAAUGAAGAUCUAGCUCAUGACCUUCAUGUUGCCUAUCAACUUUUGCAAGGCAGAUCUUUGGACAUACUCUUGGAAAACAUGUUGCAGGAUCUAAAACAAAUGUUUGAGCCCAAACUAUUAAAAACCACAAAUUGGAACACAGCACAAAUGUUAACCUUCUGCCGCUCAAUAAUAUUUGAGGUCACGUUUACAGCCAUAUAUGGAAAAAUUCCUGCUGAAGACAAGGAAAAGAUUAUCAGUGAGAUGAAAGAUGAUCUUUUUAAAUAUGAUGACAAGUUCACAUACUUAAUUUCUGACAUACCCAUUGAGCUUCUAGGAAAUGUCAAGGCUCUGCAGAAGAAACUGAUAAAUUACCUGACAUCAGAAAACUUAGCAAAGACACAAGAAAAGUCAGAAAUUGUGCAAAGGAGGCAAGAAAUCCUGGAGCAAUAUUUGGUUCAGGACCUUGAAAUAGGAGCACAUCAUUUUGGCUUUCUCUGGGCCUCUGUGACAAACACGAUUCCAGCCAUGUUCUGGGCAAUGUAUUAUCUUUUCCGGCACCCAGAAGCUGUGGAAGCACUGCGUGACGAAAUUGACUCUUUGCUGCAGUCAACAGGUCAAAAGAAAGGAUCUGGAUUUUCUAUCCACCUCACCAGAGAACAAUUGGACAGCCUGGUCUGCCUAGAUAGCAUCAUUCUUGAGGUUUUGCGGCUACACUCGUAUUCCAGCAGCAUUCGUUUUGUGCAAGAGGAUUUCACUCUCAGUUCAGAGAACGGCAACUACUGCCUGCGAAAGGGAGACCUGAUUGCCCUCUUUCCUCCAGUCCUACAUGGUGAUCCUGAAAUCUUUGAAGCUCCAGAGGAGUUUAGAUUUGAUCGUUUUAUUGAAGAUGGUAAGAAGAAAACCACCUUUUUCAAAGGAGGCAAAAAACUGAAGUUUUUCAUAAUGCCGUUUGGAUUUGGUACCAGCAAAUGUCCAGGUCGAUAUUUGGCAGUUAUUGAAAUAAAACUAUUGUUGAUUGUAUUUGUAACUUAUUUUGAUUUAGAGAUAAUUGACAAAAAGCCUAUCGGACUAGACCACAGCCGCUUAAUGAUUGGUGUUCAGCAUCCAGAAUCUGAUGUUUUAUUUAGGUACAGGACAAAAUCUUAGAGAAACCAAAAAAAAAAAAGAAAUCUAUCUAAAUGA